UUUUUCUUCUUUUUUGGGGUUUCUCUCUCUUAAGAUUAGAUUAUGAUAGUGGUUGGUGUCCACAAUGAGCAAAAAGGAAAUGUAUUUCAAGAAAUUAAAAGCAAAUUGAAGAAAAGACAUAGAAGUAGUUGGACAAAAAAAUGCUCAAAUUUCACUUUUUGCUCUUCUUCUUUGUUUUCAAGAUUGGUCUUUCUCUACCUGCACCAUAUGUAAUGCGAAUAAGCUGUGGAGCUCGAAAUGAUGUUCGUAGUGAACCAACAAGUACCCUCUGGCAUAAAGAUUUUGGAUAUACAGGAGGCAUACAUAAGAAUGCAACCUACCCAAGUUUCAUAACACCUCGACUCGACACAUUACGGUUAUUCCCUCUAUCAGAGGGUCCUGAAAAUUGUUACAAUAUCGAUAGAGUGCCAGAUGGCCACUAUUCAGUGAGGAUCUACUUUGGAUUGGUUAAAGAACCAAGUUUUGAUACCGAACCUCUAUUUGAUGUUUCUGUUGAAGGGACCUUGGUUUAUUCUUUGCCGUCUGGUUGGAGUAAUCACGAUGAUGAACAGGCAUUUGUUGAAACUCUUGUAUUUCUUGAAAAUGGUACUGCCUCACUUUGCUUCCACAGCACUGGUCAUGGAGAUCCUGCUAUACUUGCAAUCGAGAUUCAACAGGUAGAUGAGAAAGCAUACUAUUCUGGUCCUGGAUUUGGUCGAGGGACAAUCUUUAGAACUAGCAAAAGAUUGAGCUGUGGAGAUCAGAAUCCAAAGUUUGACGUUGACUACGAUGGAGACCGUUGGGGUGGGGAUCGGUUCUGGAGCUCAAUUAUAACCUUUGGUCAGAAUUCUGAUAAGCCCAUAUAUACUAAAAGCACCAUAAAGUCAGCUUCUGUAGCACCAAACUUUUAUCCACAAGCUCUUUACCAAACUGCUCUUGUUAGUACCGACAACGAUCCAGAUUUAACACACACAAUAGACGUCGAUCCCAACAAAAACUACUCUGUCUGGUUACACUUCGCAGAAAUUGAUCCUUCAGUUACAGAUGUGGGACAAAGGAUUAUUGACAUCUCGAUAAAUGGUGACAUUGCAUUUCGAGAUAUUGACAUUGUGAGAAUAGCUGGGGGUGUUAACAGCGCUCUCGUACUGAACAAAACCAUUCCAGUCAGUGGCAGGAUUUUGACAAUCACGUUACAUCCAACAACGGGGACUCAUGCCAUCAUUAGUGCCAUUGAGAUUUUUGAGGUUAUAACAGCUGAAUCUAAAACAUUACCAGAGGAAGUAAAGGCUUUACAGUCACUGAAACUUGCACUUGGACUUCCACUUCGUUUUGGGUGGAAUGGUGAUCCAUGUUUUCCGCAACAACAUCCGUGGAGUGGAGUAGAUUGUCAGUUUGAUAGAACCAGCAAUACAUGGGUCAUCGAUGGGCUAGACCUGGAAAACCAAGGUUUACGGGGUUUCUUACCAGAUGAUGUUUCUCAAUUGCGUCAUCUUCAGAGCAUAAAUUUGAGUGGAAACAACAUUCACGGGCCUAUUCCCUCAGCACUUGGAACAAUAACUAGUCUGGAGAAAUUGGAUCUUUCAUACAAUUCCUUCAACGGGUCGAUUCCUGAAAGCCUUGGGGAGUUGACCUCAUUGCUGACACUGAAUCUCAACGGCAAUUUGCUCUCUGGAAAAAUUCCUGCAGCGUUAGGCGGAAGGCUCUUGCACAGAGCUAGCUUCAAUUUUACUGAUAAUGCAGGCCUAUGUGGUAUUCCUGGAUUACCAACAUGUGGACCUCAUCUUACUGUUGGUGCCAAAAUCGGCAUUGGCUUAGGGGCGUGUGUAGCUGUUGUAGUUAUCACUACCUGCAUAACAUGUUGGUGGAAAAGGCGCCAAAAUAUUCUCCGCGCUCAAAGAAUUGCUGCGAGAGAUGCUCCUUAUGCAAAGAAGAGAACACAUUUUAACCAUAUUCAAAUGACAAGACAUCAUCACAAUGGUCAUCAUCACGAACAUACUCGGACAGCUGUUGAGAAUGGACCUCCUUUGCUUACCUGAGUUCGAACAAUUUUUGAGUCGAACUCACACUAGAAACUUUUCUAACGUCAAGAGGAUUCAACAAUUUAUACAUAUACCAACAAAAGCAAUUGUUUUUAUCCUAUUUACACAGUAUAAUUUAUUGACGAAGGAAAGAUCAUUUGAAUCCCAUCCGCGGAAUUGCCAGAUACAAUGCUGCAAGAAGUUUGUUUUGUGGCUAGAAAAUGUGUAUAGUGGUUAUAGAGAUGAAGCAAUUUCAAAUGCCAUAGAUGUAAUUCAGUGUAAAAGACAGUAUGGUGUAUAUUAAUUAUAUACAUGUAUUCUUGUCAUUAGUUUUGGAGCUUGUAAGUUGGUUAAAGACACUAAUGUAAACUGUGUAAUGGUGAAUUGUAAUAGAAAUGUUAUUCUUUUCCUA